AUGCAAUAUCUAAGCAUAAUUUGGUACCCGGGAUCAUCAUCAUCAUCAAAAUCCAUCCAUUGUUCAACUUCUUCUUCAUCACAUUCAUCGCAAUUAAGUUUUUUUAGCAUACUAUCAUUUCAGAAAUAUUUACUCCUUUACUACUAUUUAGAUUAUCACUUUCAGGAUAUUCCACUAAACACAAAACUUUUUCCCACACAUUUUUCAAGGUAUGCUCUUUUACACUGCUCCUAUAAUGUAGGGCGCGUCUUUCAAAUCAAUCUUUUUAUGAUUUCUUAUCAGGCUUUCUUCUCCCUCCUCUUCUUUUUCCAAAAGUAACUUGCGUAACAAUUCUUUUCUAUAAUACCAUUUAAAAGUCUCAAUAACACCUUGAUCCAUGGGCUGUAAUCUGUAAUAAUGAGGUCACAUUAAGCGAAAGAAACAUGACUUUUAUAAAAUCGUCUUUUUCAUUUAAGAUGUCACAUGAUGGAUGAGUCGGGGCGUUAUCUAGAAGCAAUAAUGUUUUCUCUCUUUUACCAUUUUUUAAUUGAUGGGCUUUAACAGAGGGUACAAAAGUUUCUAUAAACCAUUCCAUAACAAUUGUACUAUCCAUCCAAGCACUCUUUUGCGAAGUGUAAACUAUAGGCAUCGCAGACAUAUUAACAUGUUUAAAACAACAUGGUUUCUUGCUUUUACCAAUGACAAGCAUGGGCAAUCGUUGGCUGCCAGUAGCAUUAGCACAAGCUAAAGCAGUGAUAUGAUCCUUGCUUAUUUUAGGUCUAGGUGCUGCUAAUUCACGUCGUGACGCAAGAGUUAUUCUUGGCAAAGUUUUCCAAUUGAGCCCAGCUUCAUCUGCAUUGUAAACGUUUUCGAGGGCGUAAUUUUCUUCCUUCAGUAACUCCCUUAGUUUGACUUUGAAUGAAUCUGCUGCUGAUGAAUCAGCCGACAGCUUUUCUCCCUGUAUUUGCAGCUCACGAAUGCCAUGUCUCGACUUAAA